AUGCACGUCUGUCUGUUGAUCGUGCAAGUCGGCGUCGCCGUUGGUGUCGGCCUCGCCGAAGGCGUAGAGCCGGGUCCGUACAGCUUGUCGGUGAGCGAGAACGCCAGCGUCGGCCUCGUGUUGGUCGAGGAUGUGCGGCGUCUGUUCGGUUUGUCGGCGCAGACUCGCCUAAAACUGGGGCCCGGCGCGCUCGGCCAGUUUGUCUCGUUGGACGCGGCGACGGGUCGAUUGCGGCUACGGCGAAGCGUCGACUUGGAGGCGCCGGCGGUCUGCGAGGCUGAGCCGUCCUGUUGCCCGCACGUCAACGGCGAGCCGCGUCGUCGUGACGACGUCUUUGAGACCGACACAAACGUCAACGUCGACGUCGACGUCAACGUCAACGUCGAGAUUGGCGCAUUUUACGGCCAAUCGGAGACGACGCCAGACUCGCCGGACUCGAUGGAGGGCGUCUGCCUGCUGGACGCCUUCCUAUUGGCCAGCGCGACCGGUACCGACCAGAUCCUGCCAUUCGCCAAAUUGCUCCUCGCCGUUCACGACGUCAACGACAACUCGCCGCGCUUCGCCGCGUCUGCCGACGAGGCCAAGCUCGAGUCCGGCGCCGACAAAAAGUCGGCGUCGGCGUGGGCGUCCGAGGCUGACGCGGUUGGCAACGGCGAGGGCGACGGCGAGGCGUUUGUGGUGGCGUUCUGGGAGGGGGCGGGCGGACUGGGCGUCCGGCGCGAGCUGCCGCUGGCGACAGACGCGGACUUUUCGCAUCGCAACCGAGUCGUCCGCUAUUGGCUGGAGGGCCGAACGGCGACGGCGACGGCGACGGCGACGGUUGGUCCGUUUCGAUUGGUCUUCCGGCCCGAGGGGUCUGUUGGUGCGGGUCUAUUUUUGGAGUUGGUUGAGGAGUUGGACCGCGAGCAGCGCGGCGAGUACCGACUGCGUCUGUUGGCGGAGGACGGCGGCGGUCGAAGGGCGAGUCUGGCGCUCGUCGUCCUCGUCCUCGACGUCAACGAGUACUCGCCCGUCUUCCAGCCCGUCUUCCCGCCCGACAACGGCGACGGCGACGGCGACGUCGGCAUUCGCCUCGUCCCGUCGCCGCCGGACGCCGCCGCCUCGAGUCCGGUCACGCCGCCGCGGCUCUACCAACUGCUCGUCUCCGAGGCGGUGCCGGUCGGCACCGAGUUGGCCCGGCUGAGUGCAGUCGACCGUGACGCGGCGCCAGCCAACCGGAUCGUCUACUCGCUCGGCCGCUGCCAACCGGCCGCCGCGGCCGCCGCCACCUUCCGUCUCGACGCCAGCACCGGCUCGCUCAGUCUCCGCGCGGGACUCGACUUUGAGCGCGUGUCACGCUUCCGUCUCAGCGUCGUCGCGACGGACGCCGUCGCCGUCGCCGAGCUCGAGUCCGCCGCCGUCCGGCUGGCGCUGGCGGACGCCGCGCGACCGUCGUCGGCCGAGCGCCACUCGACGACGUUGUUGCUCGACAUUCGCGUCGUCGACACCAACGACCACGCGCCCGAGAUCCGCUUCGACACCACCAGCCUCGCGCCAACCUCGCCGCCAACUUCAACAUCAACGGCGACGGCGACGGCGACGGCGACGGCGACGGUCGUCGAGGUUUGGGUGACGGAGAACGCGAGGCCCGAGACGUCGAUCGCCUUCUUCGACGUCGUCGACCGCGACUCGCCCGAGCACGGACGACCCCAAUGCCUCCUGACCAAUCACACGCGUCUCUUUCGGCUACACCGCCUCGCCGGACUCUACGCCGUCCAGACCGUCGCAGCGCUCGAUCGAGAGACGCAAGACCGCUAUCGUGUCGGCAUUCGUUGCCUCGACGACGGUCGUCCGACGCGACUGUCGACGGAGCGCAGUCUGCUGGUGCGUGUCGGCGACGAGAACGAUCUUCCGCCGCGGUUCGCGCACUCUCGCUUCGCCGUUCGCGUCGCCGAAAACAGUCCGCCGGGCACGCCGUUGCUCAUCGCCGGCCCCGUCGACCAACCCGUCUCGGUCGCCGCACACGACCCCGACCUCGACGACAGCCUCGCCUACCGACUCGAGGCGUCGCCGUGCUCCACUCAACCGCCCGUCAACGUCAACGCCAACGGCGACGGCGACGGCGACGGCGACGGCGACUAUCAACUGUUCGAGGUGGUGAUGCCGGGCGCGAUGUUGGUGACGCGCAGUCCGAUGGAUCGGGAGGUGCGUGCGACGCGUCGCUUUUGCGUGUGUGCCGACGACGGUCGACACACGAGCUGCGCCGAGGUGGUCGUCGACCUCGUCGACGUCAACGACAACGCGCCGCAUUUCGAGCAGGACACGUACACUUUGCGCAUCCCCGAGAACGAGAUGCGCUCCACGCCGCUCGUCUCGUUCCGCGCCAGCGACGCCGACAUCGGCAACCUCGGUUUCACCUACGACUUUGCCAACGUCGACGCGAACGUCGACGACGCCCUCGAGCCGACACGAGUCAGCGCCAACUAUCGUGACGAGAUGAUGCUGGUCCGGCGACAUUUCGGUUUCCGUGACAACCAUUUGCAUCUGUUGAAAGCGCUGGAUCGUGAGGCGAAAUCGCAUUUUCACUUUUUCGUCCAAGUCACCGAUUUCCAGACGCCCAUCUUCGCCACGCCGCCGCUCCUUCCGUCGUCGCCCGGCAACGUCAGUCUGGCCGGCGGCCCAGCGGACCGACGCCUCGGCCUGCGAUUGGGCGGCGUCAAUCUGACCGGCCUGGCUGAAGUGUUUGUCGACGUGCUCGACGUCAACGACAAUCAUCCCAUCUUCGUUUUUCCCAACGCGAGCGGGCCGCGCGGCAACGUGCUCAACGUCUCGUGCCACGAGACGAUGGGCACCAGCCUGGGUCGUGUCGAGGCGUACGACGCGGACCGUGGCGCCAACGGUACCAUCGUCUAUUCGCUGUUGAAGGGUCCGAAAGCGCCGGCCGGAUUGGUCCAUUUGGACCGACAAUCGGGCGAGUUGUUCGUGAACACGGGCCAAUUGGCCGAGGCUUGUGGUACCUCGCUCGGGCUGCUCGUCACCGCCGACGAUCGUGGCCCGGAAGAAGCGAAAAGGUCACGUGGUUGGUUGCGACCCGUCGAGAAGUUGCUUCUUCUGCUGCAGGAUCGGCCCGUCUUGGCGGUCGUCGAGGCCGGCGGCACGCUGGUGCGCGCCUCGACCAAUCAGCGCGCAGAGCUGGGACCCACCGGAGCCUCGUCUACUGCCGACACCGGAUUGGCCGGCUACUCGGGCUUCUCGGCC